AACAGGGCUAGAAACAGAGAGAGAAAGAAGCAACACUAGAAGAAAACAACAUGGAAGUUCUUAUAAAACAAUUUGUUUUGUUUGGGCUGUUCGUUACAGCGUCCUGCUACAGUUGUUUAUAUGAUGGUCAAUGUAAUGGAAAGGUCGUCUGUCCAACUGGUCAGGUAGCGGCGUGCUCUCGGAGACAGUGUUUUUGCAAAAGGGGAACACGAUGCACGAUUGAUAGUAAUUGCAAAGGCGACUGCUACGAGUAUCAGAUAUACUGUAAAUCACAUUUUAUUCGAUAUAUGAUUGUCGGUCAUUAA